UAUGAGAGCACAGGUCAGUUUCGUCCGGCAAGCCAACCGCAAUGGAUUUUACGGGCAAAGUCGUUCUCAUCACGGGUGCAAGCAGCGGAAUCGGGGCCGUUACUGCAAAGUACUUGACGCAUUUGGGCGCCUCAGUCGUCAUGACCGGUAGAAACGUAGAGAGUCUCAAGAAAAGUGGAGCAAAAUGUGUGGGUAAGCACGAGCCAUUGCUCAUUGCUGCCGACGUAACGAAGGAAGAAGACAACGUUCGCGUUAUUGAGGAGACAAUUAACAAAUAUGGGAAGUUGGAUGUGCUGAUAAAUAAUGCAGGUCGGGGAGUGUUUGGAAGCAUCGAAACUACUAGCCUGGAUCAGCUGGACGAUAUGUUGAACAUCAAUGUGAGAGGAGCUUAUCACAUCACGAUGCUUGCUGUACCUCAUUUGAUCAAAAGCAAAGGAAACAUUGUUAACGUAUCCAGCAUAACCGGAAUCCGCGUUUUCCCAAAUUCGUUGGCUUACUGUAUAUCGAAAGCUGCUUUGGACCAAUUCACCAGAUGCGUUGCCCUUGAGCUUGCACCGAAGCAAGUUAGAGUUAAUUCUGUUAACCCAGCUGUUAUUGCAACAGAUUUUCAACUUCGCGAGGGGAUGAGUCCCGCACAAUACGCUGCCUUUGUGAAGCAUAGUGAGCAAACUCACGCCCUCGGAAGGAUUGGACAACCCCAAGAGGUGGCCGAAGCUAUCGCAUUCCUGGCUGCAGAUACUGCCACCUUCAUUACCGGGACAUGUCUUUGCGUGGAUGGCGGACGAACAAUCAUGUGUCCGCGAUAAUAAAACAUUUUCAGAAGGUGAUGUGGCUAAUAAAUCAGUGAAUCAGUUUGCAAAAAAUAAACAUAUUUAAAUGAAAA